GUUGCUCUGUUGGACUGGGUGCGAGUGCUUGAUCCUCUCGACAUGGCUGGCCUCCUGUGUGGAACCAAACGGAAGAAACAAGUGAGUGACCUCCAGGAAGAGGAAAAGCAUGCCAUCAACACCACCCUACUGCCCCCCAGCAUGGAAGGGAAUCCUGAGGACUCGCAGCUUGAGGAAAGUGCUGAAAGGAGCAUACUGGACCCCUCCUCCAGGGAUGACCCAAAAUUUAAAGAACUGCAAAAGAGACUGAUCGACUGGAUUAACGACGAGCUAGAGGACGAGAGGAUCAUUGUCAAGAACCUGGAGGAGGAUCUCUAUGAUGGACAGGUGCUUCAGAAGCUCUUUGAGAAGCUGUCAGGAUGGAGGCUCAACGUGGCUGAGGUGACGCAGUCCGAAGCUGGCCAGAAGCAGAAGCUCCAGAUGGUGCUGGGGGCAGCAAACCAGUUGCUGCGGCCCCAUGGAUGGGACAUAGACUGGAGCGUAGACUCCAUCCACUCCAAAAACUUGGUGGCCAUCAUGUCCCUCCUGGUGGGUCUGGCCAUGCAUUUCCAGGCCCCCAUCCGCCUGCCGGAGCACGUGUCCGUACAGCUGGUGCUGGUCAAGAAGAGAGAAGGCGUACUGCACACCACCCAUGUGACAAAGACCCUGACGACCACCACAGAGAUGAUGAUGGGAAGAUUUGAAAGGGAUGCUUUCGACACUCUGCUCGAUCAUGCCCCCGACAAACUCAACGUGGUCCGAAUGUCACUGCUCACAUUUGUGAACAAACACCUAAAUAAACUGAACCUGGAGGUGACGGAGCUGGAGUCACAGUUUGCAGAUGGAGUCUAUCUGGUGUUGCUCAUGGGACUUCUGGAAGGUUAUUUUGUUCCACUGUAUAAUUUCUUCCUCACCCCAGAGAGCUUUGAGCAGAAGGUCCACAAUGUAACCUUCGCCUUUGAACUGAUGCAAGAUGGAGGACUGAACAAGCCUAAAGCCCGACCUGAAGAUGUUGUCAACCUGAACAUAAAAUCUACACUGAGGGUCCUGUACAACCUGUUCACCAAGUACAAAGAUGCAGAAUAACAUGCAGAACGGCCUGGUUUGUGCUUCUGGGAGAGUUUUGUGAGAGAUGUCCUUGUGGAAAGCCUUUGAGAACCAGUUGACAAGUCUUGCCAUUAUCCAAACAUGUAAACCUGUUCCUUCAAUGCAUCUACAGAGCUGUCACGUAGUGCAGAUUAAAUUUCCCAUACAAUCCUAUGAGAAGAACCGCUUGUUUCAGAAGGUCUGAAUGCAGAAUGUAUUGUUGCCAAAGCUGCCCUUUUGGUUAUAUGCAUCCCCUUUGAAGGUGAUUGAGUCAAUGGACAUCCUGUUGAUUAAGGAUCAAGAGAUCUUUCUUCUCCUA